GUAAAUUUGUGUUGAGUGAUCUAUAUAAGUGAGCAAGCCCGUUACUGCUAAUAUUCACAAUUUCUAAAAGGAAAAGGAAAAAAAACAUAGCAAUAUGAAGCAGACAGAGGAAUCCAAAUUGUCCAAGCCACAUGCAGUAUGCAUUCCAUUUCCAGCACAAGGCCAUAUUAACCCUAUGCUCAAACUAGCCAAACUCCUCCAUAUACGAGGCUUUAAUAUCACCUUCGUUAACACGGAUUUCAAUCACCGGCGAUUGCUCAAAUCGCGGGGUCCCAAUUCCCUCGAUGGCCUACCUUCCUUUCGUUUCGAGUCCAUUCCUGAUGGACUCCCUCCCUCUAACGAGGAUGCCACACAAGACGUUACGUCUUUGUGUGAGGCAUGUAAGAAGUCGUGUUUGGUUCCUUUUAGAGAACUCGUCACGAGACUAAAUGAUAAUUCCAAUUUCCCUUCUAUUACUUGCAUAGUUUCUGAUACUGCUAUGAGCUUCACUCAGCAAGUUUGCGAGGAAUUGGGUGUUCCCAAUGUUGGCUUUUGGACUGCUAGUGGUUGUUCUUUGUGGGCUUUCACACAAUAUCCUAAACUUGUGGAGCAAGGUUAUGCUCCGCUAAAAAAUGAAAGUUAUUUAGACACGAUAAUAGAUUGGAUACCGGGCAUGGAAGGCAUCCGUCUAAAACACUUGCCAAGCUUCAUCAGAGCCAGAGUGGAUGAACCAAGCUAUAUUAUGAUGAAAUAUGUAAUGGAAGAAAUCGUGGACAAAAUUCCCAAAUUCUCUGCACUAAUUUUGAACACAUUCGACAUGCUAGAGAAUGACGUUUUGCAACAAAUGGCAACGAAGUUCCCUGUAGUUAAUUAUCCUAUUGGACCCUUACAUCGCCUUAUGUUGAAUAAUACAACUCAAGACGAAGACUUGAAAUCAAUCGGUUCAAAUCUGUGGAAAGAAGAUACUCACUGUCUCGAAUGGCUGGACACAAAGCAACCAAAUUCUGUUGUUUAUGUGAAUUUCGGAAGUAUUACAGUGCUGAGCAUUGAGCAGGUAAUUGAAUUUGCGUGGGGACUUGCUAAUAGCAAGAUGAAUUUCUUGUGGAUCGUCAGAUCCGAUUUAGUCAUGGGUGAUUCAGCCAUGUUACCACAUGAAUUUCUCGCGGAGACUAAGGAAAGAGGUUUAUUAGUUGGUUGGUCUCCUCAAGAACAAGUUUUAAGUCAUCCAUCAAUCGGAGGAUUCUUAACUCACUGUGGAUGGAAUUCGAUUUUCGAAAGCAUAUCAUUUGGUGUGCCAAUGUUGUGUUGGCCUUUCUUUGCGGAUCAACAAACAAAUUGUUGGUUUAAUCGUAACCGUUGGGGUGUCGGAAUGGAAAUUGAUAGCAAUGUGAAGAGGGAUGUAAUUGAGGAACUUGUGAGAGAGCUGAUGAUUGGAGAAAAGGGUAAAGAGAUGAAACAAAAUGCAUUGAAGUGGAAAAAAUUAGCCGAAAAAGCUAUCAAUUCUUCAAAUGGAUCAUCUUCUAUGAAUUUUGAGAAGUUGGUUAGCCAUGUACUAUUAGGAAACGCUCUUUCACUUUAAAUUUCUUACAUUAGAUUGAAAUGCUGAAGGUCCAAGUCCAAUAGUUCGAAUCUGACAACAGGUUCAAAGAUUUAAGUUUUGUGAAUGUCAUGUUUCUCCAGGAUUGUACUUUGUAAUUGCAAUAUUUAGUGAAAAUAAACUUUUCCAUUCCAGCUAAA